UUUUAAUGUCAUUUUUUUGGAAUUUGCUGUAAUCGGCCGUUCAAACGAUUUACAGAGAAAUGUUGUUUAAUUACUCGGAUCGCGCUAUUUGUUAUUCUUGACGCUGGUCCAACUCAAUAACCCUUCACAGGACACGGGCACUAUUUUAGAACUGUUAUGGAGCACUUGACAGCGAAAUAGUUUUAAAGACUGUAGUAGGUACUUUUUUAUUGGGUAUGUACUGCUAAAUCGAAAACGACGACCAUUCGACAAGCGCCAGUGCAAACACGAAGCAAACAUGGUUGUUGCGUCAGGCAAACAAGAUUUAAAUAGCUUAUUUCCCAGGCUAUUUCUGUAAUUGUAUAGUGUGCCUGCAUCUACAUGUAGCGGGGUGGGAAAAACGGGACACCUUUAGCAAAUAAUCCCAAAUACCCUGCUCGUGUUUUAAACUAUUGACGACGGUCUGUGGGAAUCGUAAGAAUACGGUUUUAUAAUUCUUUGAGUAUUCUUUGUUUACCACCAAAUAGAACAAGAAAACAGAACGAAAAUGUGUCUCAUCUUCACCAUCCUACUAUCUUAUAAUGUUAUGUAAUUUAGUCUGUGAGAAGCAAUACAUAGGCAAAACGCAAUUAAAGUUCGUUUAUUUCUACACCAGUUGAGGCCUAGUUGAGGCAAAGGCGAAAAAAGAAUGCGGUACCUGUUCCUUAGCAACCGCCACCGCCGCUAUAGUUGCGUUAGAAAUAGGAUACCUGACUCAUUUAUUUCUGCUUUUGUAAAACGCCUGGUAUUGUACGCCGACGAGACCAACAGUGAGACAGUGUAAGAAAUAAAAAUAAUACAAUUGAAUCCACGAAUACACGUUUGAACAAUGCCGGGUACAAACAAUGAAAGAAGCGUUCUCGCGUCAAGCGUCGUAGAUUUUAACUUUCAUAUGUAUUUCACAGAGCAUUCGGACAGGACGCAUUUUUGAAGCUGCCGCCACGAAUUAAUAGGCGAUUUAGUGAAUAUGGCAUUCCGCUUCACUGAGCUGCUUUUGUAACGUGAAAGAUUAAGGAGUUUCCAGUAGCGUAUUUGUGGGCCAGAGUAGUGAACACGCUGUGAGAAUUUAGUACGCCGCCUUAUAUUUUAAGCUAACAGUACUUUAUCUAUGUUUCUUUAGGAAGCUGAAGUUUAUUUGCCUUUGCCUGUGUCCAGAGUGACAACAUGGGCGACACUGAUAAGAGAUACCAGUUUCUUGAGGAUUACGUGCUAAAAACCCUCAAGCUUAAAGCAGAUAAGUGGCAGAAAUGCAUCGGCGUCGAAGAAAACAAAAUUUUUAUACAAGAGUUCUUCGAUAAAGCAGAUAAUGUGUUUCUUAUCAUAUCAUCGAAUGCAGCAGGCAUUCUCACGCCGAGUAAUAACUUUUUACCCGCUGGAAAAACGAAAGCAGUGUAUUUUAUAAAACGUGGGAGGGAAACGAUAGGGGCCGACACCGUACAAACACAACUGCUGUUUGGGGAUCUUUCUUAUGCUCCUUUGGACCAAAUGUCGUCUUUGGUCGACGAUGUGCUGGUACCUCUGCUCGGGAACGGUAGAAACCAAGACACCUGGCCCCAUGUUGUGUCUGGUGAUGUACUUCGGCAUGUGCACAAACUGAAAAGCAACGUUUUCGUUGUUACGGGACAAGUCAAAGGAAAGACCUUACUUCCGUUACCGCCAGGAACAGAGAAGAUACCAGAACAGGAACAACAAGAAGCUGCACCCGAAGAACCAAAGGAAGAUUUAAUUGAUCGUCAAAUUCUUCAUACACUUGAGUCCGUGGUUAUUGAAUGGAGUCACCAAGUUCGUGAUGUUUUGAAGAGAGACUCAUCCGAGAUUUUGCUUCAAGGACUUAAUCCUCUUCCAUCAACUGAGAUCACUUUCUGGGCUGACCGAUCAGAAAACUUACAAUGCAUCUUUGACCAGCUGCAGACACCAAAAGUAAAAGCUAUGGCUGAGGUCCUGCGACGAGUACAAAGUAGUUACUUCCCAGCAUUUCAGCAAAUGUUUAAGGAUGUUGUUGCAGGUUUGGCGGAAGCAAAAGACAUUCAUGUUCACCUAAAACCGAUCAAAUGGAUCUUGGAAAACAUGGAAGAAAAGGAGUUCAAUGAGUACAGCUACUGUGUAAAGCCAUUGUUCCUGCUGAUAUGCAAAGUGUGGGCAAGCAGCAAAUACUACAGCACCCCUACAAGGUUGAUUGUUCUUCUACAAGAGAUCUGUAACCUCAUGAUUAACCAGUGCCGUAGCUUUCUCAACCCAGAAGACUUGUUCAAGCAAGAAGUUGAUCAGGGAAUAGAAAGCGUUGCUGUUGCACUCAAAAUACUAAAACAAUUUAGAGCUGCCUAUCAAUCGCAUAAGGAUGAUUUGCCAAGUUACUUUGAAGGAAUGGAUAGACAAGUUGUGUUGUGGGAUUUUGAUAACAGCCUUGUAUUUGCUCGAUUUGAUUGCUUCAUUGAAAGACUUGAAGAUAUCACAAGCUUAUUCAGUGAUGCCAGGGAUAUGCUGAAGUUGGAGAAAAUUGAGUUUGGUGGAGUAAAAGGGUCAGCACUGAGUGGUCAGGUGGAAGCAAUGUUUGAAGAGUUUAAUGGACUCUUCAAAGUAUUUGGAGAACUUCAAUAUGACGCUUUAGAUCCAUCGGAUACUUCUUUCAUCAAAGAUUUUGAUCACUUCCACAAACAAAUAAGCGACAUGGAUCGCAGACUUGGCUCCAUAGUAACUCAAGCCUUUGAUGAUUGCCCAUCAACUGAAUCAGCUUUCAAACUUAUUGCUAUGUUUGGUGCUCUGCUUGAUAGGCCUCUUAUAAAGCAAGACAUGUGGCCAAAAUAUCCUGUUCUGCUUGCAAUUUACCAUAAAGAACUUGAUGAAGCUAAAAUUAUAUUUGACCGACAAAUGGAAUCUGGCAAGGCUAAUAACGGUGCCUACCCUGUAAACAAGAAUAUGUCCAUUGUUGCUGGUGCAAUGAAGUGGGCCAAAGAACUGAAGGCAAGAAUACACACCCCGUACACAAAUUUCCGCUUGGUAUAUCACCCUUGUGUAUCAGGAGAGGAUGGGCAACGAAUGGAGAUGAAAUAUCAGCAAAUGAUGCAACUUCUCAAAGGAUUUGAAGAGCAAGUUUACCAGGAAUGGACGAAAAGUGUUGAUGAAAGAUCUCAAUACAACCUCAGCCAACCUCUUCUAACACGGGACCCAGAAACCAAAUUAAUCAGUGUCAAUUUUAACCCACAGCUUGUGUCUGUGCUCCGUGAAGUCAAAUACCUUGACAAAGGAGACAGUGAUGAAAUACCUGCUGAAGCAGCCCGUAUAUUUGAAGCCAAGGAAUCCUACAGACAAUUUGUUGCCAACCUUGAUCUUGCCCAGCAGUGGUAUAACAAAACAAGAAACACUGUGCUUGAUGUAGAGUUCCCACUUAUCGAAGGCCAAUUGACCGAUAUUGAUACUAAACUCAUGAAAGCUGAAAAGGAUUUGUCCUGGAAAAGUGAUGGAGUUUGGGAAUAUAUAGAAGAAACUCGUGACCAGGUGCAUGACCUCGAACAGAGAGUUCAAAAAGCAAAGGACAAUGUGGACAAAAUCAACAAAAUUAUGUCCACCUGGGUUCUGCCUGUGUUUGAGCGCAAGGAAAACAAAAAGGAUGCAUUACUUAACUUGGAUGACAGGGAGGACAGGUUAGCAAAGAGAUAUGCCAUUAUACAGGAGUGUGCCAACCAAGUCCAUGCUUUACUACAAGAAAACCAAGGCUUAUUUAAAGCCUCUGCUGACAGUGAAGUAUGGAAGGCCUAUGUUAAUUAUGUGGAUGAUAUGGUAGUAGAUGGAUGCUUCAAUGCCAUUGAAUGCUCAAUGAAGUUCCUACUGCAACAAACAGACAACAGACAAGGCCUACCUCCAUUAUUCCAAGCACAACUGGAAUUACACGCACCAGAUAUGGUUUUCAAACCAUCACUUGACUAUGGCAUGGGGGAAGGUUUCUAUGAACUUGUAGAAGACUUGCUCAAUGAUAUUUAUAACAUGUCCUCACUUAUAAAGAGAUUAUCCACUGACAACAACAUGGAGCACUACCAGGUUGACAUGGAAGACAUGGCUGACUUGUCGGACAUGAAGAAUGAAAUAUUAGAACGAGUACAGACGGUCAUGGAUAAAGCAUGUGAAUAUCGAAACAGCUUUGACAACUAUGCUUACUUGUGGGUGGAUGACCGUAAUGAAUUCAUGAAGCAAUUCUUAACAUAUGGUCAUGUGUUGACCACAGAAGAGAUUGAAGCUCAUGCUGAAGAUGGUGUUCCUGAGAACCCUCCCACACUCGAUAUGUUUAAGGAACAGGUUGACACAUACGAGAAAAUGUACUGCGAAGUUGAAGAGAUCAAUCCAAUUGCUGUGUUUGAUUCGUGGUUUAAAGUUGAUGCAAAACCUUUCAAACAAGCCCUGCUUAACAUUAUUAAGAGAUGGAGUUUUAUGUUCAAACAACAUCUUAUUGACCAUGUAACUAACAGCUUAUCCGAUCUUGAGAAGUUUAUCAAAGUAGUUGACAAAGGAAUGGCAAUUGAAGUAAUUGAAGAUUUGGAUUACGACACAUUGGUGGCCCUUAUUGAAAAUCUGAGAGAUGUAAAAUCAAGGCAAAGCACGACGGAUGAAAUGUUUGAACCUCUCAAACAAACAAUUGAACUUCUUAAAACUUAUGAUCAAGAAAUGCCUGAAGAUAUUCAUAAGCAGCUUGAGGAACUUCCAGAGAAAUGGAACAACACAAAGAAAACAGCGGCAACUGUCAAGCAAGCAGUGGCUCCUCUUCAGUCAAAUGAAGUUGCAAUUCUCAGAAGAAAGUGCAGCACAUUUGAUGUCCAGCAACACGAAUUCCGUGAGCGAUUCCGAAAAGAAGCUCCGUUCCGUUUCGCGGCUGACCGCCCAUACCAAACGCUUGACCGAUGUCAUGGGGAAAUCACCGGAAUGGAGAAUGAGAUGAAGAAGUUGUACGAGUCGGCGGCCAUCUUUGAAAUUAACGCCCCUGACUUUAAACAGAUUAAGCAAUGCAGAAGAGAGGUUAUUCUCCUGAAAUCACUGUGGGACAUGAUAACUCUGGUUAAAACUAGUAUUGAAGAUUGGAAGAAGACAAAGUGGUCGAACAUCAAUGUAGAACAGAUGGAACUUGAUUGCAAGAAAUUCGCCAAAGAUAUUCGUGCCUUAGAUAAAGAAAUGCGUGCAUGGGAUUCAUUCGGUGGACUUGAUUCUGUAGUAAAGAACAUGCUUACUUCAUUAAGAGCUGUCAGUGAGCUUCAAAACCCAGCUAUACGUGACAGGCAUUGGCAACAACUCAUGCAAGCUACAAAGGUGAAAUUCUCAAUGGAUGAGGAGACUACUCUGGCUGAUCUUCUCAUGCUCAACCUUCAUAACUUUGAAGAUGAAGUUCGAGGUAUCGUGGAUAAAUCGGUGAAAGAAAUGGGAAUGGAAAAGAUUUUGAAAGAACUUGACAUCACUUGGGGGAGUAUGGAGUUCAAAUACGAACCACACACUCGUACCAAGAUACCCCUGCUUCAAUCAGAUGAAGAACUUAUUGAAACACUUGAGGAGAACCAGGUCCAACUUCAAAACUUGAUGACAUCGAAAUACAUCGCAUACUUCCUUGACCAAGUAUCAAGCUGGCAGAAGAGUUUAUCUACUGCAGAUUCAGUGAUCACGAUCUGGUUUGAGGUCCAGCGUACCUGGUCAUACCUGGAAGCAAUCUUCAUUGGAUCAGAGGACAUUCGUUCCCAACUUCCGGAAGAUUCCAAACGAUUUGAGGGAAUUGACAUCGACUUUAAGGAACUCGUUGCACAAAUGAAAGCCACGCCAAAUGUGGUAAAAGCAACCAAUAAGCCUGGUUUGUAUGAAAAACUUGAAGAUUUACAAAAUCGUCUUGCACUUUGUGAGAAAGCAUUAGCUGAAUACUUGGACACCAAACGUCUCGCUUUCCCCAGGUUUUACUUCGUCUCUUCUGCUGAUCUUCUUGACAUUCUUUCUAAUGGAACAAACCCUGUUGCUGUAUCCCGUCAUCUUGCAAAGUUAUUUGACAACAUGGCACAACUCAAGUUUAAAGAGGAUGAAGCAGGAAAUCCAACCAAAACUGCUCUCGGGAUGUACAGUAAAGAAAAAGAGUACGUUGACUUUGACAAGCCAUGCGAGUGUGUUGGUCCAGUGGAAAACUGGUUGAACACUUUAAUGGAAAUCAUGAGAUCAACUGUAAGACAGGAAAUGACAGAAGGAGUGGUCACUUACGAGGAGAAACCACGAGAACAAUGGAUUUUCGACUACCCUGCUCAGGUGUCUCUCCUGGGCACACAGAUAUGGUGGACCACAGAGGUAAAUAUUUCAUUUGCUCGACUGGAGGAAGGAUACGAGAACGCCAUGAAGGAUUAUUACAAGAAACAGAUAAAUCAGUUGAAUACAUUGAUUGGUUUAUUAAUUGGUGAUUUGACAAAGAACGAUCGUCAAAACAUCAUGACCAUCUGCACCAUUGACGUGCAUGCUAAGGAUGUGGUGGGAAAACUCAUUGAUCAAAAGAUUGACAGCGCACAAGCUUUCUUGUGGCUCUCACAACUUCGUCUUCGAUGGGAUGACAAACUCAACCAUGUGUUUGCGAACAUAUGUGACGCUCAGUUCCUUUAUUCAUAUGAAUACCUCGGCUGCACACCACGUCUGGUGAUCACGCCUCUAACAGAUAGAUGCUACAUCACUUUGACCCAGUCACUUCAUUUAACCAUGAGUGGAGCACCCGCUGGACCAGCAGGAACAGGUAAAACUGAAACUACAAAAGAUCUGGGUCGUGCACUUGGUAUGAUGGUGUAUGUGUUCAAUUGCUCGGAACAGAUGGAUUACAAAUCCAUUGGAAAUAUUUACAAGGGUUUAGCGCAAACUGGUGCGUGGGGAUGCUUUGAUGAAUUCAACAGAAUUUCAGUUGAAGUGUUAUCUGUUGUGGCUGUGCAGGUUAAAACCAUUCAAGAUGCAAUCAAAGAAAAGCGUGACAAAUUUGACUUCUUGGGUGAAAAUAUUCGAUUAGUUCCAUCGGUUGGUCUCUUCAUUACCAUGAACCCUGGUUAUGCCGGUCGAACUGAACUACCUGAGAAUCUGAAGGCUUUAUUUAGACCCUGUGCAAUGGUGGUUCCUGACUUUGCCAUGAUAUGCGAGAUCAUGUUGGUGGCAGAAGGUUUUAUCGACAACAGGCUUCUCGCCCGUAAAUUCAUCACCUUGUACACAUUAUGCCGGGAACUGCUAUCCAAGCAAGACCAUUAUGAUUGGGGGUUAAGGGCAAUCAAGUCUGUACUGGUCGUAGCUGGUGCUUUGAAAAGAAGUGAUCCAGGUAGAGCAGAGGACCAGGUCUUGAUGCGAGCUCUUCGUGACUUCAACAUCCCUAAGAUCGUUACUGAUGAUCUUCCUAAAAUUAAAAAAAACUUAAAAAAAUUAUUUGUUAAUCAUUUUUUUCAGGAAUCCAUCGUUCAGUUGAAAUUACAACCGGAGGAUAAUUUCCUUCUAAAAAUUGUUCAGUUAGAAGAACUUCUAGGUGUGCGUCACUCUGUGUUCGUUAUUGGAAAUGCCGGAACUGGAAAAUCACAGGUUUUAAAAUCUUUGAACAAAACUUAUCAACUGAUGAAAAAGAAACCAAUGUGGGUGGAUCUCAAUCCUAAAGCCGUCACUAACAAUGAACUGUAUGGUGUUAUCAACCCAGCAACAAGAGAAUGGAAAGAUGGAUUAUUCUCCACUAUUAUGAGGGAUCUUUCCAAUGUAACUCAUGAUGGUCCAAAGUGGAUUGUAUUGGACGGUGAUAUUGAUCCUAUGUGGAUUGAAUCUCUCAAUACAGUCAUGGAUGACAACAAGGUGUUGACACUUGCCAGCAAUGAGCGCAUUCCACUGACACCUUCCAUGAGGAUGUUGUUUGAGAUCAGUCACUUAAAAGCUGCAACUCCUGCUACAGUAUCAAGAGCUGGUAUUCUGUUUGUGAACCCCGCUGAUCUUGGUUGGAACCCCCCAGUAUCAAGCUGGAUUGAUCAACGCGAGGUGCAAUCAGAGAGAGCAAAUUUGACAAUUCUGUUCGAUAAAUAUGUUCCACCCAUACUGGAUGCUCUCAAAACAAGAUUCAAGACAAUCAUUCCAAUUCCUGAACAAAGUAUGAUUCAGAUGUUGUGUUAUAUGCUUGAGGUGCUCCUGACUCCUGAAAACACUCCCCCGGACUGCCCAAAAGAUCUUUACGAGCUUUACUUUGUUUUUGCUUGCAUCUGGGCCUUUGGAGGAGCCAUGUUUCAAGAUCAGCUUGUUGACCACAGAGUUGAGUUCAGCAAAUGGUGGACCACGGAGUUCAAAACGAUCAAGUUCCCAUCCCAUGGAACAGUCUUUGAGUAUUUUAUUGACAGCAACACAAAGAAAUUCACCCCAUGGAAUGAAAAAGUUCCACAGUUUGAACUUGACCCAGAAAUGCCACUGCAGGCUGUCCUUGUCCAUAACUCGGAAACGAUUUGCAUUAAAUAUUUCAUGGAUUUAUUAAUGGCUAAAUGUCGCCCUGUAAUGUUGGUGGGUAACGCUGGUGUAGGGAAGUCAGUUCUGGUCAGUAACAAACUCAGCAGUCUUGACCAAGAGGAUUAUGUUGUCACUAAUGUUCCGUUUAACUACUACACCACAUCUCAAAUGUUGCAAACUGUCUUGGAAAAACCACUUGAGAAAAAGGCAGGGCGUAACUAUGGGCCACCUGGUACCAAACGUCUCAUCUACUUUAUUGAUGAUAUCAACAUGCCAGAGGUUGAUAAAUAUGGAACUGUACAACCGCAUACACUCAUCAGGCAGCAUAUGGAUUACAAGCAUUGGUACGACCGACAGAAAUUAUCGCUCAAAGAAAUCCACAAUGUUCAAUAUGUUUGCUGCAUGAACCCAACAUCUGGUUCUUUCACCAUUAGUUCCAGAUUGCAGCGACACUUCUGUGUCUUUGCGCUCAGCUUCCCUGGAAAAGACGCGGUGAAGACAAUCUACAGCAGCAUCUACAACCAACAUCUUAAGAUCAACAAAUUCAGCGUUGGGUUGCAGAAGCACUCCAGCCAGCUCGUGGAUGCUGCUCUCUUCCUCCACACCAGGAUCACUCAGGUCUUUCUCCCAACUGCCAUCAAGUUCCACUAUGUCUUUAACCUCCGUGAUCUUUCCAACAUCUUCCAGGGUAUUUUAUACGCGUCUUCUGAUGCAGUAAAGACUGUAUCGGACAUGGCAAAACUGUGGUUGCACGAGGCAAGUCGUGUGUACAGGGAUAAAUUAAUUGAUGAUAAAGACAUGAAAAGCUUUGACGACUUAUCCAUGGAUAUCUGCAAGAAAUAUUUUGAGGACCUCGAUGAAGCAGCAGUGCGACCUGACCCUCAUAUCUAUUGUCACUUCGCAACUGGCAUCGGUGAACCUAAAUAUUUCUCCAUACCAACGUGGGACGCGUUGAACAGACUAUUGGUUGAAGCACUCGAGAAUUACAACGAGAUGAACGCUGUAAUGAACCUCGUCCUGUUUGGAGACGCCAUGGCUCAUGUUUGUCGUAUCAACCGAAUCUUCGAGAGUCCGAGAGGAUAUGCUCUUCUUGUUGGAGUAGGAGGAUCAGGGAAACAGAGUUUGUCAAGAUUAGCUGCUUUCAUUAGCAAUCUUGAUGUCUUCCAAAUCACACUAAGGAAAGGAUAUGGGAUCCCAGAUUUAAAAAUUGAUCUUGGAGCAUUAUUUGUGAAAGCUGGUGUGAAAAAUGUUGGUGUUCUUUUCCUAUUGACAGAUGCCCAGGUUGCUGAAGAGCGGUUUUUGGUCCUUGUGAACGACAUGCUUUCCACUGGUGAAAUCUCGGACCUCUUUCCAGAUGAUGAAAUCGAAAACAUCAUCAAUGGAGUGAGGAACGAGGUGAAAGGAUCAGGUCUUGUCGACACCAGGGAAACUUGCUGGAGGUUUUUUAUAGAAAGAGUCCGCAGGAAUUUGAAGGUGGCUCUCUGUUUCUCCCCUGUUGGCAGCACCCUGCGUGUUCGUGCUCGUAAAUUCCCAGGUGUUGUCAACUGUACGGCCAUCGAUUGGUUUCAUGAAUGGCCACAGGAUGCUCUUGAAUCUGUCAGUUUGCGUUUCCUUUCUGACAUUGAGAAUGUGGAGGAUAGUGAAAGAGAAUCCAUCAGCAAGUUUUUAUCAUUUGUCCACAUGAGUGUUAAUGACCUGGGGAAGGAAUAUUUGCUCAAUGAAAGGUAUAUUAAUUGUUCAGAUACAAACCAUAUUGUAAAACUGAAUAUAAAAAUUGUGGAUGACUUGAAAGCAAAACUUGCGGCUCAGGAAAUUGAACUCAAGCAAAAGAAUGACGACGCUGAUAAACUUAUUCAGGUUGUUGGUGUUGAGACUGAAAAGGUGAGCAAAGAAAAAGCUGUUGCUGAUUUUGAAGAAGAAAAAGUAACAGCUAUUGAGGUGGAAGUAUCAAAGAAGAGGUCCGAUUGUGAAUCAGAUCUUGCAAAAGCUGAACCAGCUCUCAUUGCAGCUCAAGCUGCUUUAGAUACUCUUAACAAGAACAACUUGACUGAGUUGAAGUCGUUUGGUUCGCCACCGGGGGCAGUAGUAAACGUGGUGUCGGCCGUGAUGGUGCUGAUGGCUCCGGGAGGGAAAAUACCAAAAGAUAAAAGUUGGAAAUCUGGAAAGAUUAUGAUGGCUAAGGUUGAUCAAUUCUUGGACAACCUGAUAACUUACGACAAAGAAAACAUCCACGAAAACUGCUUGAAAGCCAUUCGACCAUUUUUGGACAAUCCUGAGUUCGAUCCAGAUUUCAUUCGUUCAAAGUCUCUAGCUGCUGCAGGAUUGUGUGCAUGGACAGUUAACAUUGUGAGGUUUUAUGAAAUCUUCUGUGACGUCGAACCCAAGCGUAUUGCACUGGCUAAAGCAAAUGCGGAGUUACAAGCAGCUCAAGAAAAACUGACCGUCAUUAAAAAUAAAAUUGCUUUGCUGAAUUCGAACUUAGCAACACUGACGGCUCAGUUUGAAGAAGCCACUGCAGCUAAACUUAAAUGUCAACAGCAGGCUGAGGCAACUCAGCUUACCAUAUCGCUUGCAAACAGAUUGGUUGGUGGAUUGACAAGUGAGAACGUACGUUGGGCACAAUCUGUACAAAACUUCCGUGAGCAAGAAUCCAAACUGACAGGCAAUGUUCUUCUUGUAACAGCGUUUGUGUCUUACGUUGGCUACUUCACAAAGACAUACAGAUUAAGAUUGAUGGAAGAAAUGUGGCUUCCAUUCAUCAAGUCGUUGCCGGUUCCCAUUCCCACAACGGAAGGAUUGGAUUACGUGUCGUUACUGACCGAUGAAGCCGAUAUUGCUGCUUGGAAUAAUGAAGGUCUUCCAUCUGAUCGAAUGUCAACUGAAAACGCUACAAUUCUGACAAACUGCCAGAGAUGGCCGCUUAUGGUGGAUCCUCAGCUUCAAGGAAUUAAAUGGAUCAAGAAUAAAUAUGGAAAAGAUCUCAAAGUUAUACGUAUUGGACAGAGAGGGUAUCUUGACACCAUAGAAAAUGCACUAGGUGUUGGUGAUCCAGUGUUGAUUGAAAAUAUUGAAGAAAGUGUGGACCCUGUGCUUGGUCCAUUGCUGGGUCGCGAAACCAUUAAGAAAGGAAGAUACAUAAAGAUAGGGGACAAAGAAUGUGAAUACCAUCGUGACUUCCGUCUCAUCUUACACACCAAGCUUGCCAACCCCCACUACCAACCUGAGAUGCAAGCUCAGUGCACACUCAUCAACUUUACAGUGACGCGAGAUGGUUUAGAGGAUCAAUUGCUUGCUGAUGUUGUUGGAAUGGAACGUCCAGAUCUGGAAGCACUGAAAUUGGAUCUAACGAAGCAGCAGAAUGACUUCAAGAUCACACUGAAGAGAUUGGAAGAUGAUCUUCUUGCUCGUCUUUCUGCAGCUUCCGGAAACUUCCUCAGUGACACAGCACUUGUGGAGAACCUUGAAAACACAAAGAAAACUGCUGGUGAGGUUGAGAUCAAAGUAAAGGAAGCUCAGACAACAGAACUCCAGAUCAACGAGGCAAGAGAACACUACAGACCUGCAGCAUCUAGAGCUUCUCUUUUAUAUUUCAUAUUAAACGAUUUAAACAAAAUUCACCCUAUGUACCAAUUCUCUCUCAAGUCAUUCAGCAUUGUCUUUGAAAUAGCUGUGAAAAAAGCUGUUCCUGAUGAAAAUUUGAAAAACCGAGUGAAAAACUUAAUUACUUCAAUCUCGUUUUCUGUCUUCCUCUACACCUCGCGUGGUCUCUUUGAGAAACACAAAAUUAUCUUCACGGCACAGAUGGCCUUCCAGAUUUUGUUGGUCCAGAAGUUGAUUAAUCCGGUUGAGCUUGAUUUCUUGCUUCGUUUCCCAUCCCAGUUGAAUGUGACGAGCCCGGUGGAUUUCCUAAGCAACCAUUCAUGGGGUGCAGUGAAGCUCUUGUCGGAAAUGGACGAAUUCCGCAAUCUCGAUCGUGACAUUGAGGGAUCAGCAAAGAGAUGGAAGAAGUUGGUCGAGAGUGAAGCUCCUGAAAAGGAGAAACUUCCUCAGGAAUGGAAAAACAAGAACGCUCUGCAGAAACUUUGCAUCAUGAGAGCGUUAAGAGCAGACAGGAUGACAUACGCUGUCAGAGACUUUGUGGAGGACAGACUUGGUACAGAAUAUGUUGACACUCGAGGGAUUCCAUUUGAAAAAUCCUUUGAAGAAACAGGACCUGCUACCCCUACAUUCUUCAUUUUAUCUCCUGGUGUUGAUCCACUACAAGAUGUGGAGAAACUUGGUAAAAAGUUGGGAUUCACGUUUGAUAACAAAAAGUUUCACAAUGUUUCUCUCGGACAAGGUCAAGAGGUCGUGGCUGAAGCUGCGCUCGAUACUGCAGGAGAAAAUGGUCACUGGGUGGUGCUACAGAAUAUCCAUUUGGUUGCCAAAUGGUUGAUGACGCUUCAAAACAAGCUGGAGAAACACAGUGUUGGAAGCCAUGAAAACUUCCGUGUGUUCAUGAGUGCGGAGCCAGCAUCUUCCGCAGACAGCCAUAUUAUUCCUCAGGGAAUUCUGGAAAAUGCCAUCAAAAUUACCAACGAACCACCUACUGGAAUGCAUUCCAACUUACAUAAGGCGUUUGAUAAUUUCAACCAGGAAACUUUAGAAAUGUGUGCACGGGAGGUUGAAUUCAAGAGCAUUUUGUUCUCGUUGUGUUAUUUCCACGCUGUUGUCAGUGAGAGGCGUAAGUUUGGACCCCAGGGUUGGAACAGAGUGUAUCCUUACAACACUGGUGAUCUCACUAUCUCUGUCAAUGUAUUGUACAACUACCUAGAAGCUAACCAGAAGGUACCUUGGGAUGACCUGCGUUAUUUAUUCGGUGAGAUCAUGUACGGUGGGCACAUCACCGAUGACUGGGACAGACAUCUGUGCAGAACCUACCUUAAGGAAUAUAUGAACCAAGAUAUGUUCGAUAACACAAUAUUUUUGGCUCCUGGGUUUCCUCUGCCACCUAGUCUGGAUUACAAUGGUUACCACCAAUACAUUGAUGAUGUCCUUCCACCUGAGAGUCCUUAUCUAUAUGGGUUGCAUCCAAAUGCUGAGAUUGAUUUCUUGACAACAACAUCUGACAAUCUUUUCCGUACAAUCCUUGAGUUGAUGCCUAGAGAUACGAGCUCGGGUGCCGGAGCGGGACCAACACGUGAUGAAAAGAUCAAGUCAGUUUUGGACGAAAUCUUGGAGAAGUUGCCGGACCAGUUCAACAUGAUGGAAAUGAUGGCGAAAGUUGAACCAGCUGAUAGAACACCUUAUGUUGUGGUUGCUUUCCAAGAGUGUGAGAGAAUGAACACACUCACUAAUGAGAUUAGGACAUCACUGAAGACAUUGGACUUAGGUUUGAAAGGUGAACUCACCAUCACGGCGUCCAUGGAAGCUCUUGGUAACUCCAUGUUCCUUGACUCUGUACCAGACUCAUGGACAGCAAAGGCUUAUCCUUCCAUGUCUGGUUUAACUGCAUGGUAUGUGGAUCUUUUGUUAAGAAUAAAAGAACUUGAAAACUGGACAUCUGACUUCCAACUGCCAGCUGCUGUAUGGCUUGGUGGAUUUUUCAACCCUCAGAGUUUCCUCACAGCUAUAAUGCAGGCAAUGGCAAGAAAGAACGAAUGGCCACUUGAUAAAAUGUGUCUUCAAUGUGAUGUGACGAAGAAAAACAAAGAAGAUUUCAGCAGCUCACCUCGAGAGGGAGCGUACAUACACAGUCUGUUUAUGGAGGGUGCAAGAUGGGACGUACAGACUUCCCUCAUAUCAGAAGGAAUACUGAAAGAAUUAACACCAACCAUGCCGGUCAUAUUUAUCAAGGCAAUACCUGUUGACAAACAGGAAACAAGAAAUAUUUACCCAUGCCCUGUCUACAAGACCAAAAUGCGUGGCCCAACUUUUGUGUGGACAUUCAAUCUAAAAACCAAGGAAAAGCCAGCCAGAUGGACUCUCGGCGGCGUAGCUAUUUUACUGAUGGUGUGAUUUUUAAUUUGGUGUGUUGUUUUUUACCAGAGUUGUUUAACUGUGUUUUAUUUAGUCCGAGCAUAACGUACUAUCCAAACUGUGUAUAAGCAUAGUUCUUAAACCGUGUAUUAUUUUUUACACCUGUGUCCACUCACUGUAUCACUAUUACUAAGUGUUUUUAUAUCAGCUAAAUAUGUUUUAAAAUCAAAGUAUUAUUUUUUCCUAUACCAUUUCUUGAGAUUGCGUUAUAAAAUAGAUUCAAAAAUAUAUUUUCAGACAAGCAUA